AUGGCAACUCCGCAAGCCACUCCAGACAGCCAGGCAGAGGAGAGCAACACUCUGGAGCUGCCAUCGGCUUGUGACCUAAGAGAUUACGUGCUGUGGGAACCCAGCCAGGAGGCCCACAGCGAGGCUGUUAGUUCUGCAGAAGCCCUUUCCAUUCCUUCCUCUUCCGAGGUGGAUCCAGACAGCGGUCACUUAAAUACUACACCACGUGAUUCCUGGGCCUCUGAGAACUUCGGGCUCGACCUUUCUGUGAAUGGCCAACCAGAGACCAAGACAGAGGAUGAGGAACUGCGGAAAUCCCUGGAUAGCCUCUAUGAGAUGUUUGGCCACCCACAGCCAGCCUCUCGAAACCCUCUCUCUGCAGCUGUCUGCCAGUGCCUGUCUCGGAGAAUCGACGAACUGCGGGGCCAGGAGAGCCAGACGUACGCCCUCCGCAGCUUUCAAAUGGCCCGCGUCAUUCUCAACCGGGACGGCUGCUCACUGCUACAGAGGUAUUCCAGGGACGCCCGGUUCUACCCACUGGGAGAAGCAAGUCAGUCUCUGGAUGACGAAAAACCGACCCCAGGACUUUCCAAAGACAUUAUUCGUUUCCUCUUGCAGCAGAAUGUGAUGGAAGAUGCAUAA